AUGCCUCCCUCCACAACAAUAAAUGCACUAUCAAGUGCUAUAGUUGCUCGAUUCCUGCGCAGCCAUGAUUAUUCCGAGACUCUGAAAGCCUUUCUCCGCGAGGCUGACCUUGCUCCCGACGUGGGGCAGAGCUCGGGAGACGACACCAACAACUGGACCAUCCAAAGCUUGCUCGAAGAGAAGAACACCUACGACCAAACUGUGAAUUUUGAAAGAUAUGGUACGAGCAAUCAGCAAUCGGCUUUGUGGAGUGAGCCAGCACCAUCAAGACCUGUUAUCAUCCAGACACCGACAUCAUCAAACAUCCUUGCUGCGUCGGUAGAGCAAUGGCAGAAACCCCGUGGCGAUGACGAUGAAGCCGUUGCAGACGGUGCAUUAGCGCACUCUUAUAUCGUCUCUACGGGCGCAGACAGACAUGUCCAUUUGUUCGAGAACGCAGAAGGCAAUGCGGCUAUCAAAUCAUUCCCGGGCCUUUCUGAUUCACCUGUUCUAUCAUUUAUCUCCAUCCUCAAGGGCCGGUACAUCCUCAUGACCAACAUGUCCGGCCAGCUGCUCCUCCAGCAUGGUACCCAAACUCUGGACAGCAGAAAGGACCAUGCAAAGUAUGCGGUGAAAGUGGUAUCCUACGAGGACAAGGCGGAUCCUUCCAAGUGGUGGGUUGCCACCGCCGGAUGGGAUGAGCGUGUUUUCCUAUAUUGCCUUCAUAUUCCUGACGAAGCAGACGCACCAGUUCUCAGGAUCGGCGAGCCCGUCACACGCAUUGAACUCAAUUCAAACCCAGAAUCACUGCUGUUCGUCCCACAUGUGGACACUGACGAACUGCUCCUCGUCGUCUCGCGCAGAGACUCGACUUAUAUCUACUACUACCAGGUAGAAGCGGCGUCGGAAGAAACCGAUACUCCUAGUGAGAAUCAUAGUGCUACUGCUGAGAAGUCCCCACGAGAAGCUCGCCUCCUUGGACAGCAGAAUCUGGCCCCUCAUUCCAAUGCCUGGGUUGCGUUCUCACCGGCCUAUAUGGCGCUAAGUCCACAAGACCCGGGUCUUCUGGCUGUAGCGACGUCGACAUUGCCCCAUAUGAAAGUGAUUAUCGUGCGUCUGCUAUUCCCUGAAGCAAAGACAGCGCCCGCUCCAGAGGAUCCGGUCACACAGGCGUCUCAGGCACUGGCAACGCUGGAUCUACAGAACCGCGAGGAUGCUGCUAUCCUCGUGCAAGCGAACACCUUCGCGCCGCAAACUGCUUACUCCACGCCGCAGGUGGCAUGGCGACCUAAUGGGACUGGGGUCUGGGUUAAUGGAGAUGAUGGUGUAGUUCGUGGCAUUGAGACGAAGACAGGCAAGAUGAUUGCUACGUUGAAGGGUGGCCAUGAGCCUGGAUUCAAGGUGAGGGCUGUUUGGUCGGGGUAUGUUGCUGUACCCCAGGAAAAGGGUGGCCCAAUUUGGGAGGAAUGGGUUAUCAGUGGUGGGUUUGACAAGAAGUUGGUUGUUUGGAAGGUAUGA